UGCAGACCACAGUUCAGCCCCCGCCCCCCACACUGACAGAGAAGCCACCUCAGCUGCAGAGCCAUGAAGUUCCUGCUGGUCCUCGUUCUCGUCGUCUUCACCGGUUGUGACGCCCGCCUGCUGCGGCAGCCCAAACAGCCCAAACAGCAGGUGGACCUGGUGAAGGAUGCCUUCUGGGAGUACGUGGCCAAGGCCACCACCACGGCCGAGGAGUCGCUGAAGCAGAUCCAGCAGUCGGAGCUGGGAAAGGACAUCAACACCCUCAUCUCUCAGAGCACCAAGGCCGUCAACCAGUUCACCGACACCCUGCGCACUCAGGUGGCGCCGCUCACCAAAGACCUGGUGUCCAGGGUCUCCCAGGAGGCCGAGAACCUGAAGGUCCGUCUGCAGAAAGACCUGACCGUCGUGGGCACCAACCUGCAGCCCUACGCAGAGGAGAUGAUGUCAGAACUCCGGGGGCAGGUGGAGGAGCUGAGAAACGAUGCGGUCCCCUACGCCGAGAACAUGGACCCCGAGGCCCUGAAGACGGUCCUGCUGCAGAGGAGCCAGAACCUGAAGGAGCAGCUGGAAAAGAACAUUGAGCAGCUGCAGGAGCAGAUGGUCCCCUUCACCGAGGAGAUGAGGCAGAAGGUGGAGAAGAGCGUGGAGGAGUUCCAGAGGAGCAUGCUCCCCGUGGCCCAGAACUUCCAGACCCAGCUGACCCAGAAGACCCAGGAAAUCCAGCAGAACCUGGCCCCGUACGGAGAGGAGCUGCAGGCCAAGCUGGAUGAAGACGCUCGGCGUCUGAAGAGGCAGCUGGUCAGUCUCUGGAAGUCCUUCACCAAGAUGAUGCAGUAAAUAAACCACCAGUAGAACCAGGAACCAAGUCAUCAGAACCGUUUCUUUUUACCAAAGUCUUUGAACCUCAGUUUUCUGCAGUAAAUUCAUUUUUUUUAAUUUUGUUUUUUACAUUUUUGUCACAAUUCAUGUCCCUAGAAAUAAAAUGGAUUCAAUUUUCUUUUUAUGAAAAACAUACUUGUCAACUGUGAAACAACAAUAAAAUGAAUGAAAAUCCACAGUAUUUUGAUUUGAAUCUGUUUUUAUUCAUGCACAAAAAAACGAUUUAUUUCAAUCCAAUCGUUCUGGAUCAUUCUGGUAACAUCAUAGACAACAACUCAAAAUGAAUUUGGAAGUGAGUGAAAAAACAACUAGAAGUAGUAUUUAAAAAAAAGUUAAAGUAAAAGGAGUUUCAGUCGUCGAUAACACCACAGCUCAAGCUGCAAAACAUGAUAAAAAUAAGUGCUGGACAAGAAAUAACGAAACAUUAGAGAAAUCAUGAAAAGUAUCUAAAAGUUAACUCAAGUAUAAAAACUAUUAAAACAAAUAAAAAUACACAGAAUUAAAGUGCUACAAUAAUAAAUAGUAAAAACACAACGUCUGAAGACAUUGUCCAUAUAAUAUAUAUAAUACGUUGCUCGUUUAAAUGCAGUUGGCACUGAAUAUAUGCAUACAUUAUUUAAUACAUAUAGGGGUUUAUUAUUAUUAUUAUUAUUAUUAUUUCUUUCAUACUGAUUUUCUUGACUUACAAACUGACCUCUGGUCUGUUUUGUUCAGAUGUUUUUGAACCAGCAUUUUUCCAGCCUUGUUGUGAACGGCCCAGGUUUACGGUCCCUUACAUCAGAGGGUGACUGUUCACCACUGUCUUCACCUCCUCUCACCCCGACCUCUGCUGUUCAGUGACGUCACACACCGUGUGCACUGAUCUUCUGACUCAGUUACAAAAAAAAGGAGGAGUACUACUGCAAUAUUGUCAAAGUUCUCUUCUAUAUUCAAAAGUUUCUUUGUUUAAUGUAAAUGUCUUUAAAUAAAAUUCAAAAUCAGAUUAUGUAUAUUUCAGUUAGUCAUUAUUAUAAAUAUAAUUAUACAGUACAUUUUUUUUCACACAAACAACAGGCAGCAGUUGUUAAAGUAGACUCUGGACAGAGAUGUUUGUAUGCACACAGUGACCUUUGGCCUUUAACUGUUGGUCCGUCAGCCGCUCUGUGGUGGCGAUGACAAACAAGGAUAAUCUGUAAUCUGAUUCAAUCAUGACUGAAGUCACAAACUGACGACAAAGUCCUUUAAAAGAAGUGAAAAAGGCCCUGAUGAAAGAAUAAUAAUUCCAGCGGGGGGUGAGAAAAAAGAGGAGGAGGAGGAGGAGGAAGAGGAGGAGGAGGAGGAGGAGGGGGGAGAGUGUUCUUCUCCUCUAACUCCUGACCUUAGCUCGCUGCUGUGGCUCCGUGGACGUGGAGCCCAAACAGCCAUAAAGAGCAGUAAAAGAUGACAACAGCGCAGCAGUGAUCGGGACCUUCGGUCGGCAAACCUCCUGAUAUUUAUUGGAUCAAAUCGAUGUCACCGCGGCCUAUAAAUACAGUGACAGGG